GCUGGGCAAAAUCAUCCAACACAAAGCCUAUUUUAUAAUAAAUUGUUGAAUAUUUCAUGCAAUUUACUGAAUACUGAAACACAAUAGUUGUAUAGGUACUGUGUUUUCUACUGAAUGUGUGCCGCUUUCACUCCACAGUACAGUUGAAAAAUCCUUAAGUCGGGGCCAUUGGCCAGACUCCAGGACUCCUGAGCCCCAGUCCAGGGCUCUUUGCUCUACCACAGACCCUCAAGAGGCCUCAGAGAGGCUUAAGAAGUAAGCCAGCCAGGACCGGCACCCAAUUAGCUCACCUAAGUGAGCCCUUUCCUCCUCGGGCCUCAGUUUCCUUAUCUGUAAUAUGGAGUUACUGUAGGGACUGUACAGGCGGUUCUCCGCACAUGUGGAUAUCACAUCAGAUAGGGCCUCUGUACUUGAGGGAGAGGAAGUGAGAAAGGAAGGGCCCCUUUAAAGGAGAAAUGAUUCCUGUAUGGGGAAGCAUCUUCUCCCUUCCUGCCCAGCUCUAAGGAAAAGAGAGAGGGAACCUGUCUCCCCACAUACCCACAUUAGGGAAGAUGCGCCAGUCAAAGCCCUCCUUGUAGCACUCCAGCACUCACCCCUACCUCCCAAGCCACCCCAGCCGGUGUAGGUACCUGUCUUCAACAGCAUUGCUCUGGACUCAGCUUCCGAGAACCUGACCAGAUCUGGUCUGCGUGUAUCAGCUGUAUGUAUUGGGCUCUGGAAGCUAAGAAACGUCAGAAAAGCACUGGGGUCACGGCUGCCUGGCUAGUUCCGCCGCCCUCAACCUUGGACGUGGAUCCUACACUCGGUCCCCAAGUUGCCCGCCCAAUCCCCAGCCUCACUUCCCGGAGCUUGAGUUCUUCCUUCAGAAAUACUAAACAAUGUGUCUUGGAUGUCAGACCUUACACCCUCUGCAGUGCUGGAAGUCCUGAGCGCCUACGGGCCGCCUUCGGCCCGGUCAGGGCUCAGAAAAAGGCAGCGACCGUCUUAAGGUCGUCCAGAAAGAGCGGAGGGGCAGGGCUGCGGCCAGGCUCCGGACUCCCAGCCGGGUCCGGGUUCCCGCCCUGGGCCCCCCAAAACCGCAGAGCCCCCUCCCGCCGCACCUAUCUUACCGAAGCGCUUAGACCCGCGGCCGCUUCUGACUCGAUUCGGGUAACCUGAUAAGCCUGAAGCGUUCCAGUGAGGGCGGGGCCUCACGAAGGCAACCCUCCUCGCAACCUAUCAGAAUCCCCCCUAGCAACGCUGUGCCCCGCCCAUACGGGCCCAGCUUCCCAGCCUCCCCAAGCCCUUCCCCACUGGGGUCCCGCCCUGCGUGCUAGCGAGGCUGGCAUUGGCAGAGCCGGCUUGGGGCUGUCCUUCGUGGCCCGGACCCCGCGAGGCCUCCACUUCUGUGGGGACCACGAGGGCGAGGAUCGUGCCAGCCUCACCGUGGGUGCUCAGUAAGCGGCCGUGAAGUGAAUACCUGCUGAGGGCUUUGGGCAGAGGAAAUGAGAGACUGCUCUGAAGCAAGGCCCCCCCUAGUGAGCCGCUGGGAAAAUGGAAGUCUGGGAUUAAUCGUCUCUACAAGGAGGAUGCGUGGGAGGCAGCAAAGCUGGCGGUCGCAGCUCCAGCAAAGGCAGCCGGCUCCCCUUCCCCGCCUGACGCUCAGGGACUGCUCGCACAGGCUCGGCUACUUCCUUCCUUCAUUCAUCAAGUAUUUAUUGAGAAACUGCUAGCUGCCACAUGCUUUGUUCCGGGCAUUGCAGGGGCAGAGAGAUAUUUUUCCUUACUCAUCCCAAAGGUCACAGCGGACACUCCUAUAAACAAAAUAUAGGUUAGCAAGAGAAAAGCGUAACAGAUUGAUUUACGCAAUGUUUUAUGUGACUUGGGAGCCUUCAGGAAUGAAGACGCAAAUACUCAGGGAAAACUUUAUUUUUAUGUCUUUGAUGAAGAAUGGACACCCCUGGCCGGGUCUGCUGGCUCAUGCCUGUAAUCCCAGCAGUUUGGAAGGCUGAGGCAGGAGGAUCGCUUGAGGCCAGACAUUUAAGGACAGCCUGUGUCCAACAUAGUGAGACCCCGUCUCUACAAAAAAUUAAAAAACCGGGCAGGUGCCUGUGAUUCCAGCUACUUGGGAGGCUGAGGCUCUUUGGGAACCAGGUGGUCCAAGGGCUGAGCUCUGUGGCCAGACAAGAGGCCCCUGCCCUCCCCCAGUGAGCCCUGCUGUUCCCGUGGGAGCCAUGAAGCUGAACGAGAGGAGUGUAGCCCACUAUGCACUCAGCGACUCCCCAGCAGACCACACGGGCUUCCUGCGCACCUGGGGGUGCCCAGGGACCCCAUCGACCCCUAGUGGCACUGGCCGAAGAUGCUGGUUUGUCCUCAAGGGCAACCUGCUGUUCUCCUUUGAGAGUCGUGAGGGCCGGGCCCCGCUGAGCCUGGUGGUGCUGGAAGGCUGCACAGUGGAGCUGGCUGAGGCUCCCGUGCCUGAGGAGUUUGCCUUUGCCAUCUGCUUUGAUGCCCCUGGAGUGCGCCCACAUCUGCUGGCCGCAGAAGGGCCGGCGGCCCAGGAGGCCUGGGUGAAGGCGCUGUCUCGGGCAAGCUUUGGCUACAUGCGCCUGGUGGUACGUGAGUUGGAGAGCCAGUUGCAGGACGCACGCCAGAGCCUGGCUUUGCAACGCCGCUCAUCCUGGAAGUCUGUUUCCAGCCGCUGUAAGCCCCAAGCUCCUAACUACCGAUCUGUGGGCCUGGAGAAUGGCCACUCCCUCUCCAAGGACAGCAGCCCCGUGGGCUUGGUUGAAGAAACGGGCAGCAGGUCUUCAGGGCGGGGGUUGGCUGACUGGGAGCUGCAGGGCCCUGCCAGCCUUCUCCUAGGCAGGGGGCAGAGCCCUGUGUCCCCUGAGACCUCCUGCUUCUCUACCCUGCAUGACUGGUAUGGCCAGGAGAUCGUGGAGCUGCGGCAGUGUUGGCAGCAGAGGGCCCAGAGGAGCCAGCCAAAAUGUGAGGAACAGGAUAAGCCCUAAGUCUGGACCCUUUGAGUCAGGAAACCAGGGCCAGUUCUUUUUCAGGAGUUAAAUGUUUACCCAUUUCCAACGUUGUGUUUUGGGAGGGGACAUGGGUUCUCUCCUUCCUGCUGUUUAGGCAUUCUCCAGAUUCCAGAUCCACCCAUGUGUCUGGAAGGGACUGAGGGACCAUUCCUUCCAUCCUCUUUAUUUCCUGAGGUCCAGAGAGGAAAGGAGACUUGGACGCCACAGAGCAAGACCCCAAUCUCCUGACUUCACUGGCCUGACUGGCCCCUCCCAGGGGAUGUUAACGAAAUGAAGGAAGUGGGAAAUGUCACCUGAGAGUGUCACAGGCUUGCCCUACCUUUGACCUAUACACCAGGCUCUGGAGCCAUAAUUUCCAACCUGGGGAGUCUCGUGUGCAUUUAAAUCCAAGGCAGGCUGCAGUAUUGGCUUGAGGCUCUGACACUGUCAGAGAAAGUGGAUUUAUUGUGUCACAGGAGUUUCUGGGACCCAGCUCUUCCUGAGAGGGGUGGGAAGAUUGGGGAUCCUCACUCAGCAGUUUGGGUAGGGCCCUUUGAGGCAGAGGGUCUUCGGCCAGUGAAGAUUUAUUCUGCUCAGAGUGUUGGGGUCCCAUCCUUUCUCCCGGGCUCCCCUGUUAACAGAUGGUGCUGGACCUUGCUCCAGAAGGGGCUUGUAGCUUUUUUAUGUCAACGAAAUGCCCUCCUGUACUCUGUCUUCAGCAGCCAACUCCUGGAGCUGCCAAGUGAGGGGUUAAAGAAGAGGUGGGUAGGCAGCGUGGCUCCCUGGGUAAAGUUUGUUGCUUUGGUUCUCAGUCCUGGGUAUUCUAGGAGUUUGGACACGGGAUUUCGUUUCCUGUGCUAAAAUUCUCUCUCCUGGCUGGGCUCCGGUAAACUGAAGCUGCUCGAGAAACCACCUGGAAACUCUCAUAGCCCUGUUUGUCACCCAGAGUGUACCUGCCAGGACCUUUCCUUGGUACUCUUCCCAACAUCGAGCGUGAUUUUUCUAGUGUUCUGGGAGGCAACGCGGCUGGGUCACCAGAGCCUGACCAGACUGACGCCCCAGCGGGAAGACGCAGAGGCCGGGAGGAGACACCCCCUCCCAAACACACAAAACUUGCCCCUUCCUAGCCUCGGCUCCCCUCACUGGGGCCUUGGGCAGGACUGACCCGCACCCAACUAGGCCUAAGGGGGACGCUCGGAGCCUCUUACCCGCAGGAGGCGGAGAUGCGCCCAGGGCGGGCGCCCGGCCUGUUCCCCAGCCCUGCCUGGAAGCUCCGCAGCCACUGCGUUUUGUUGAAGCACAGAUAGCACGGGCCCUUCUCUUAUUGCUACAGUGUUUUGUAUGCGGUUAAAACACUAGUAAAGCUUUUUCAUUAUUA